AUGCGUCCCUUCACCGCCUCCAAGUACGCCGCCGCCGUCGCCGUCGCCACGCUGGCUUCGGGCGCCCACGCCCAGCUCGACACGUCGCUCAUCACCGGCCUCGCCCCCGCCUGCGGCCAGGCGCUCCUCGGCCUCAUCAGCAACCAGGACCUCUCCAACUGCCUCGCCCUCACCGACGCCGUCGGCGUCCUCGGCGCCGCGGGCCAGAACUCAAUCGUCCCCGGCCUCAACGGCUACUUUGCCGGCGACAUCUGCCCCAAGGCCCCCUGCCCCAGCGCCGCCCUCACCUCGGCCCAGCAGAGCAUCUCGCAGGCCUGCCAGAGCGACCUCCCCAAGGGCGGCAUCCCCGCCCUCAUCCUCUUCCUCCUCAGCAACUACGACACCGUCAGGAGCCUCGGGUGCCUCAAGAACGACCAGAACAACCAGCUCUGCCUCGUCGACACCAUGUACGCGGUCCAGAACGCCACGGGCAAGCCGCUGACGUUCCAGUCGCUCUCGGGCCUGCUGAGCAACGACCAGGCCACGACGCAGUCGCUGAUGCAGGUGGCGCAGAACAAGACGCUCCUCUGCAGCGCGUGCAACGACGCCCUCUUCACCGUCGCCUCGCAGUCGCCCGCCGCCGCAAAGGCCCAGCAGGGCUCGUCCGACUCGGCCCUCACAAAGGUUGCCCAGGGCGCCGCCCAGACCUGCGGCGCCGCCUUCACCGACAACAAGGUGCCCGACAACGUCAAGCAGACCGCCACGGGCAACUCGACCAACCCCGGCACCUCGUCCGGCUCGGGCUCCGGUAGCGCAAGCACCGGCAGCAGCGGCAGCAACGCUGGAAAGAGCAACGCCGCCGCCGCCGGUUUCCAGGUCAGCGGUACCGCCGUCACCCUCGCCGUCGGCCUGUUUGCUUCCGGCCUUGCCGUCCUCUUCUAG